UUAAAAAUGUCUAAUAAAGAAAACAAAAGUGUGGAAACUAUUACUAAUGAUACACCUGUUGAAAAUAAUCUAGUGACAGAUGCAAAACAGAAAAAAGUUAACGAAAUGCUGAAGAACCGUUUAAGAAAAUAUAUCAAAAAGUUAGACGUAACAAACACAAGUAUAACUAAAGAGGAGAGUGAAAAGGUGGAACUAGAAACAUUCAAACAACUUUAUAAACCAAAACUAGAUGGAGAAGAAGAAACAUACAAAAAGAUUCCUAAGUUUUAUUUCAAACUCCCUAAUCGUGAUGACAUUCUUGCCCAGAAGUUAAGAGAAGAGACUAGAGCUCAAUUCUUGCAGAAGAAAAGCAAAGAGCUUUUGGACAAUAGUGAGCUGAAACAUCUUUGGAGUUUGUUAGAAAAGUCAAAUGGUAGUUACAGUAUGGCUAAUAGUGAUGAACUGACAAUUGAUUACCUACAGUUCAAAAAAUUAAAAGAUGAAUCAGGACCUAAGUAUAGACCAUAUUUUACCGCAGAAGUUUUUGGGCGCCUUCAAGCAGCCGAAGGUGGUAUAGGUCGCGUACGUGGAGUAUCACUGUUCAAUUACGUAAUGCGUCGAGUCUGGCUACAACAGACAACAAUAGGACUUUCACUGUAUGAUGUCACUGGACAAGGAUACCUCACUGAACAUGAUUUAGGAAGCUACAUAGCUGAACUGGUGCCGUCACUUGCCGCAUUAGAUGGUUUGGAUUCCUCGUUCACCCCAUUUUAUGUGUGUACAGCUGCAAGGAAAUUCCUCUUUUUCUUGGACCCACUACGAGCGAGGCGAGUGAGGAUCCGCGAUGUGCUAUCUUGUUCAUUUCUUGAUGAUUUAUUAGAGCUACGAGAAGAAGAUCUACCAAUGGACCUUCAAGAACAGAAUUGGUUCAGCGCCGCAUCAGCUCUACGUGUAUAUGGACAGUACCUUAAUCUGGACAGAGACCAAAAUGGCAUGCUGAGCAUCAACGAUCUUGCCGGUUAUGGCUCAGGGACACUUACUCGGGCAUUCCUCCAGCGAGUAAUUCAACAGUGCAUGACUUACGACGGUGAAAUGGACUACAAGAGUUAUCUAGACCUGGUCCUAGCGCUAGAGAAUAGGCGUGAGCCGGCGGCUCUCGCAUAUCUGUUCAGAGUCCUAGAUAUCAACUCGCAGGGAUACUUGGACGCUUUCACGUUGAAUUAUUUCUUCAAGGCAAUACAGGAACAAAUGGUGGCACACGGUGCGGAGCCUGUAAACUUCGACGAUGUGAAAGACGAAAUAUUCGACAUGAUACGUCCCGAGCAUCCCUCCCGGAUCACCCUCCAAGAUUUGAUCCGCAGUGGACACGGUCACACGGCUGUAUCGAUUUUGUUGGAAUUGCACGGCUUUUGGGCGUACGAGAAUAGAGAAGCUCUGGCCGCGGCUGGAGAUCAUGCUUGACAAGAGAAGAUGGAGUUCAGGAAGAAGAUUGAUAUCACUAUGUGACAGUGUUGCCACUUGUGAGUCAAUUUAUAGUGACUUUAAAACUCACGAAACAUGAUGAAACCAAGGUAAAAAACCAAGGUGAAAAAAGAUAAAAAAGACAAUUUUAGAGAAAGUGUUAGUUAUUAAUUUAAGGUUGAUUAUUCAAUUGUUAGAAUUAUUUAGUGAAAAUUAUUUGUCAAUUUCAAUUUCGCCACUGUAAUUAUUCCUUAUUAGGAUUAGGGUAGAACUAUAUAAUGAAAAAAAAAACAACUAAUUCUAGUA